CCCCAACCGAGCAGACCGAGGCACGAGCUCGGACCCAAUGUCCCUUAUCCAUGGACUUGGAGAACGAGAGACGGAAAAAAGUUAUACGACUACCACUGCGUGCUGCAUCUUGCCGUCCUGCUUCACUCUGCUCUGUCGAAUUGGAUAAUGUGUGACAGGUAACACGACUGCGCUCAUCAUGGCACCCCAAACCGAGCAGAUGGACUUCAUGUCCCAGUUCAUCACCACCCACCGCGUCCCCGAAGAUGCCCGGCGGCACUUUGAGUCUGUUGAAUGGACGAAUAAACACCUGUCCAAUCCUCUCUACCACGCCAUCCCUACAUUUUCGCGCGUUCUCAAGGACUCUGGCGAAGACUACUUCUUUUCUCGCACCGUCAGCUCGCCUUCCACUAUCCCUCACCUCGUCACUCUGCAGUUGAAGGAUUUCCCGAACUAUCCAGAAAGGCCAAAGGGACAAUUGAAAAUGAGAACAAACCACAAUGAGGUCACACAAGUACCCCCGAACCCCGACUGCAUCAUGCUCCUGCGACUUGGUCGCCCCGGGCUUGAUGGUCAUCCUUCAGUUAUUCAUGGCGGCAUGGCCUGCGCCAUCCUUGACGAGAUGAUGGGACUCUGUGUGAUGCUGCACCACCAGCACAUUUCCGGACCUCGAGAUUCGCUUUUCACCGUCAGUUUGAAUGUCACCUACCGUGCGCCCGUACCGACACCGGGAGACGUGCUCGUGAGGUGUUGGCUCGUGGGAAGAGAAGGCCGCAAGUGGCUCUCGCGGGGACAAAUCGUGGACAAGGACGGCAAAGUCAUGACUGAGGCCGAAGGGAUGUGGGUGCUCGCAAAGAGACAGGAAAAGUUAUAACAUCCCGCUCGUUCCCCUCGAGCGGGUCCCCGAUCAGCCUUUUGGAAUCGGUGGCCGCCUGACUCAAUAUGGCGAGAGAAUGUAAUUGAGGACUCUGGAGCACAACUCCCUUUAUCGAUCCGGGCGAGCUAUUACUGACUGCGGUGAGCGGCCUGAGUCUGCCGCUCUCCACUAUCGGCAAUUGUUAUCGCUGGCGAAAUUGGGCAGGUCAGCUAGGGAAAUUAUGGAGCAGCAGUGGGGAUCUACGCCACCAGAUAGAGGCGCACAAGCUUCUGCUUCGGCUCGCAACAAGCAUUUUCUCGCCGGGUUGUUGAUGACAGAAGGAUCGUUGGGGCAAGGCGGUUUGAAUUCCUCAAAGGGCAAGAAUUGGAUGAUACGUAAAGGAUAGAUUCACUCCUGGAAUGUAUGGAAGGGAAACACAUGUAGACGCUAGCCAUAGAUUUCGCUAGACAUACAAUAGAAAGAUUUCAGCUGUUGACCGCC